AUGGAAGCCAUCAGGGCAGACAAAACCUCAAACGCAAUAACUCGCGCACAGUUUGCGGACGCGAUCACUCGCACUGUCAAUAAUCGCUGCCGAGCUUACAAGAACUGUUUCGCUUCGAGUAUCCGGUGGGAGGUGGACAACACAAUUGCAUCUGCCGACAGCGAGAAUUUUCAGACUAUCUUAAGCACGCUCAACCUUGACCCAGCGGAAUUUGCGAUCUUGACUGAACAGGAUCAGAUGCCGUAA